ACUGCAGCGAUGGGAAGACAGGAAUAAAUCGAGAGAACGCGUGGAUGUGCCACAAUAACCUUCACUCGAGCUGACAUAUACUCCUCACAGGUGUUACCUUUGUGAAAGUUUGCGGUGGUGUAGUCGAAAACAAGUAGCUUUUCUUUUAGAAAACCUGAGCAACCUGAACGCGACUGAGAGGGGGGCGGUGGGGGGGAGAUUGUUGGCCCACUGCAGCGUGAAUCACCGGAGACUCGCCUCACGGCUGGUUCAUCAUCCAAGUGUUUUUAACCAUCGACGGGCACAUCCUCACGGGACAGAGAGCAACGGGGAAAAGGACGGGAACCGAGCCCGUGUUUGAUCCUCUGCCGCAGCCCAGAGGUGCGCUGUUUGGCAGAGCAUGCUAAAUAAUGAGCCAAAGGGACACGCUGGUUCAUUUGUUGGCGGGGGGAUGUGGUGGCACGGUGGGAGCUAUUUUGACUUGUCCUCUUGAGGUUGUGAAGACCAGACUGCAGUCCUCCUCCAUCAGUCUGUACAUCUCCGAAGUCCAGCUCAACACCGUCAACGGCGCCAGUGUGGCCCGUGUCGCUCAACCAGGACCUCUGCACUGUCUCAAGUUGAUACUUGAGAGAGAGGGACCUCGGUCACUCUUCAGAGGACUUGGACCCAACCUUGUGGGUGUGGCACCUUCCAGGGCGAUCUACUUUGCGGCCUAUUCGACAGCCAAGGAGAAACUCAAUGGGGUGCUGGAGCCGGACUCCACCCAGGUGCACAUGGUGUCGGCUGGGAUGGCAGGGUUCACCGCCAUCACGGCCACCAACCCCAUCUGGCUGAUCAAAACCCGUCUGCAGCUGGAAACCAGGAACCGUGGUGAACGGCGAAUGAACGCAUUUGAGUGCGUGCGGCGGGUGUACCAGAUGGACGGCCUGCGAGGUUUCUACAGGGGCAUGUCAGCCUCGUAUGCUGGCAUCUCUGAGACCGUCAUCCAUUUUGUCAUCUAUGAGAGCAUCAAACGUAAACUGAUGGAGGCCAAAGCCCAAGCCAGCAUGGACGAAGAGGAGGAGUCGGUGAAAGACGCCUCCGACUUUGUGGGCAUGAUGCUCGCAGCAGCAACCUCCAAGACCUGUGCCACCUCCCUCGCCUACCCUCACGAGGUGAUCCGAACACGGCUACGAGAGGAAGGAAGCAGGUAUCGCUCCUUCUUCCAGACUCUGCUGACUGUACCCAGGGAGGAGGGAUACGGGGCGCUGUACCGCGGCCUCACCACCCACCUCGUCAGACAAAUCCCCAACACGGCCAUUAUGAUGUGCACCUAUGAAGUGGUUGUCUACCUGCUUGGUCGGUAGAUAUGUCCCCUUCGUGUCAAAAAAGAAAAA